UUCAAGCUAGUACAAUCGGAAGGCCCAAAUUACCAUUCAUGUACCACUGUGCAGUCUGUACCGUACAUAGUACAUACAUCUCGUCACCUUCGCGCAGCCGCCUCAGCUUUCUUCAACCCAACCCAACAUUGAACUGCUACAAUACACUUCGCCGACCUUCCAACCUCUGUGUUCAUUCUAAACCUGCUCUACCAAAACCUAGUCACGCAAUUUUCUAUUUUCUAUUUUCCAAACCCUAACAGAAGUAACCUUGUUGUGACAAUUUUUUUCUAAAAAAAGAGCCAACAGUGCAUCCUACGCACACAAUCAGAAAGCCCCUCUGCUGAACUCUUUUUAACCCACCUGCUUUGUCUUUUCUUUCAUCUAAUGGCGACCAACUAUCGCAGUCCAACACCAGAGCAAUCUACUUUGGAAGAUCCUGCCACCGCCGCCGCACGAAAAGAAUUGAGACACACAGUCAUUUCCGAAAAACCCAACUUAUCUGCAAUGUCUACAACAAACGCAGACCUCGCGCCCCAGGCUAUCACCACCGACGAUAAGGCGUCAGUCAAGAGUGACAUGUCCGACCGCCAAUCGCUUGAUCCUCCCAAGGAUUCUCUAAGAGACAAGGUGGCAUCCCCCAAGAAAAAACGAGUCUACGAUGAAGUCGACGAGCCUCAUGACGCUUCUUCAGACUCCAACGGCGACAUUUCUCCCAUUGGCACCGACGCCGCUCCAUCUCUUAGUCGCACCGACCGAUCAGAACCUGAGAAGAAGCGCCCAAGAGAUGUUUCGAGCGAAUCCAAAGUGAACGCAAAUGCGCCUAUGACUUCUAAAUCUACCGAAGCGUCCGAGAUAAGCGGCGAGAGCGACAAGUCGAGUGCUCAGAAGCAAGUGGAGGCAGGAGAAAAUGCCAGCACUGAGAAGGCAAAGCAAGCUACAUCGUCCUCAGCCUUCAGCAGCUCCGGCAUAGCAGGAUUUGCCUCACAAGCUUCGCCCUUUCUACAAGCCAGCUCAAAGCCAUUGUCCUCCUUUGCUAGUCCAUCCGGCUCGCCGUCUCCCUUCGCUGCUACUACCAAAACAUCUACAACUUCUAUAUUCGGAAGCACCAGCUUAUCUAACGGCACCUCACCAUUUGGUCAAGUAGGCGGGGCACCAAAGCCUUUCGGAUCUAGUGCCUUCGGUGGCGGCUCAUUCGGCAACACCAAAUUUGGGGGUCCCACACUUACCAGCUUCGGUAAACCUGGUGAAAUGUUCAAGAGCGACAAACCAGUUAAGCCCUUUGGAGCGCCUGUCAGCGACGAAGAAGAUGACGAAGAAGAUGAGGCUGGAGCUGAAGACAAAGAAGACGAAGAGGAAACCCCAGAAGAGAAAAGCGAAAAGGCUGAGAAGGGGGAGAAGUUUGUGCCAACAACAGACGACAAGAAGAAGCCAAAGCUUCAGCGUGUGGCCGUAAAUGAUGGCGAAGCUGGCGAAACCACGAUUCUGCAAGUUCGUGCCAAGAUCUAUCAUCUAGACAAGGCGAGCAGCUCUUGGAAAGAACGUGGUGCAGGCAACCUUAAGAUCAACGUACCUGUGGCUUGCGUCGACUUGGAUGAGGAGUCAGGUGUACCUAUCCCUGGCACAUUUGAUGCAUCAGCUCUUGAGGAUGCCGAGUCCAAGAUCGUUCGCUUGGUUAUGCGACAAGACUCGACCCAUCGCGUCAUUCUCAAUACCGCUAUCAUUCCUGCCAUGCAGUUCCAGGAGAAGUCCACCGUCAAGGCAGCCUUUGUGCUCUUCACUGCUAUAGAAGAUGAAGGCGCUGUCAGUAUCCAGCUAAAGAUGAAUGCCGCCAAUGCCAAGAGCUUGUUGAACGAGGUCGGAAAAAUCCAGCGCGAGCUUCAGUCGGUCUAGAACGCCGUCGGAACUGGCGCUGUUCCAAACACACCCUCUCUUAACACUACACCCGAGAUCAAGGACGACAAGCUUGCGACCAAUGUAGCCAAUGAAGAAGCUGCAACCAACGGAGAAGCCGCAGACUCUAAUGGUGCGAAAGAAUCUGAAGAGAAUUUGGACGAUC